AUGUUGCGCCUCCCGCUGCGCCAGUGCUCGCGGACGCUCCAGAGCUCGCCGGCGAGAGCAGGCCUUCGGACGCUCGCCGCGUCGCCAUCACGGACGGCCAUUUCAACAUGUCGCAGGCCGCUUGCCCUUUCACCGCGCCGGACAUAUGCCAUUGCUGCCGAGGACACCAACAAGGGCGUGGACCCCAACGAUUCGUUCCUACAGGGCAACACGGCCAAUUAUGUCGACGAGAUGUAUAUGCAGUGGAAGCGAGACCCUUCGAGUGUGCACUACUCAUGGCAGGUCUACUUCCGCAACAUGGAGUCGGGCGACAUGCCCGUGUCCCAAGCCUUUCAACCGCCGCCUACCAUCGUGCCUACACCCUCUGGCGGCAUCUUCAAGCCAGGCAUGGGCAUGGCUUCCGCCGACGGCUCUGAAAUCAUGAACCACCUGAAGGUGCAGCUGCUGGUGCGCGCCUACCAGGCUCGAGGACACCACAAGGCCAAGAUUGACCCCUUGGGCAUCCGCUCCGAGGCGGAGCAGUUUGGUUACAGCAAGCCUCGCGAGCUCGAGCUGUCACAUUACAACUUUAGCGAGAAGGACUUGGAUCAGGACAUCGAGCUUGGUCCGGGUAUCCUGCCUCGCUUCAAGACGGAAAACCGCAAGAAGAUGACACUGAGGGAGAUUAUCGAGGCCUGCGAGCGCCUCUACUGCGGCUCGUAUGGCGUCGAGUACAUCCAUAUUCCGGAUAGGGAACAGUGCGAUUGGCUCCGCGAGCGCAUCGAGGUACCGCAACCCUUCAAGUAUUCGGUCGACGAAAAGCGCCGCAUCCUAGAUCGCCUCAUCUGGGGCACCAACUUCGAAGCCUUCUUGGCCACCAAGUACCCCAACGAUAAGCGCUUCGGUCUCGAGGGCGGAGAAUCUCUGAUUCCGGGUAUGAAGGCUUUGAUUGACCGGAGCGUCGACUACGGUGUCAAGGACAUUGUCAUCGGCAUGCCGCAUCGUGGACGUCUCAACGUACUCUCCAACGUCGUCCGGAAACCCAACGAGUCUAUCUUCAGCGAAUUUGCUGGAACCGCCGAGCCCAACGACGAAGGUUCUGGCGAUGUCAAGUACCAUUUGGGCAUGAACUUUGAGCGUCCUACGCCAUCCGGAAAACGUGUGCAACUCUCUUUGGUCGCCAACCCAUCACAUUUGGAGGCUUCGGAUCCAGUCGUAUUAGGCAAGACUCGUGCUAUUCUGCACUAUAAUAACGAUGAGAAGGACGCUCGCACUGCCAUGGGUAUCCUACUGCACGGUGAUGCCGCCUUUGCAGGUCAAGGUAUUGUGUAUGAGACCAUGGGCUUCCACUCGCUACCUAGCUACCACACCGGAGGAACCAUUCAUCUCAUUGUGAACAACCAGAUCGGUUUUACGACGGAUCCAAGAUUUUCGCGUUCCACCCCUUACUGCUCCGACAUUGCCAAGGCCAUUGACGCGCCCGUCUUCCACGUCAACGGCGAUGAUGUUGAGGCUCUCAAUUUUGUCUGCCAGCUUGCGGCCGAUUUCCGUGCCGAGUUCAAGAAAGAUGUGGUCAUUGACAUGGUGUGCUACCGAAAGCAGGGUCACAAUGAGACAGAUCAGCCCUUCUUUACCCAACCUCUAAUGUACAAGAAGAUCUCGGAACAACCACAAACGCUCGACAUCUACACCAAGAAGCUUUUGGACGAGAAGACAUUCACCAAGGAGGACGUUGAUGAACACAAGGCCUGGGUCUGGGGUAUGCUCGAAGAGAGCUUCAACCGCAGCAAGGAUUACCAACCGACCUCUAAAGAAUGGCUCACUUCUGCUUGGAACGGGUUCAAGUCGCCCAAGGAGCUCGCCACUGAAGUGCUUCCCCAUCUGCCGACCGCCGUUGAGGAGUCGCAGCUGAAGCACAUAGCAGAGAAGAUCGGAAACGCACCAAACGACUUCAAUGUGCACAAGAACCUGAAGCGUAUUUUGGCCGGCCGUACCAAGACCGUGGUGGAGGGCAAGAAUAUCGACAUGGCCACAGCAGAAGCAUUGGCAUUUGGAAGCCUCUGCAUCGAAGGCCACCACGUCCGUGUCUCCGGCCAAGAUGUUGAGCGUGGAACCUUUUCUCAGCGACACGCUGUGCUCCAUGACCAGGAGAACGAGAAGACGUACACGCCUCUGCAAGAUCUUAGCGAAAACCAAGCCACUUUCACUAUUUCAAACUCCUCUCUCAGCGAAUAUGGAGUUCUCGGAUUUGAAUACGGAUACUCCCUGUCCUCGCCCAACGCUCUUGUGAUGUGGGAGGCUCAGUUUGGUGACUUUGCCAAUACAGCUCAAGUCAUCAUCGACCAGUUUGUCGCUUCUGGUGAGGUCAAAUGGCUUCAACGCUCUGGCCUUGUCAUGAGUUUGCCCCACGGCUACGAUGGCCAAGGUCCUGAGCAUUCUUCUGGACGCAUGGAGCGCUACCUGCAGCUCGUCAACGAGGACCCACGCAUUUUCCCGUCGCCCGACAAGUUGGAGCGCCAGCACCAGGACUGCAACGUUCAGAUUGCAUACACUACCAAGCCAUCUAACCUCUUCCACUUGCUACGUCGUCAGAUGAACCGUCAGUUCCGGAAACCUCUCAUCCUCUUCUUCUCCAAGUCCCUGCUCCGACACCCGCUCGCGCGUUCCAGCAUUGAUGAGUUUACGGGCGAAUCGCAUUUCCAAUGGAUCAUCGAAGACCCAGCGCACUCGAGCGGAGAGAUUGAAUCCAACGAGGGCAUCAACCGCGUCAUCCUCUGCACAGGCCAGGUCUAUGCUGCUCUCGUCAAAGAACGUGAGGCGCGCGGUCUCAGGGACGUGGCCAUUACUCGUAUUGAGCAGCUCAACCCUUUCCCCUGGCAACAGCUGAAGGAAAACAUCGACUCGUACCCGAACGCACAGAACAUCAUCUGGUGCCAAGAAGAGCCGCUUAAUGCCGGUGCCUGGAGCUUUACACAACCCCGUAUUGAGACGCUUCUUAACCAGACAGAGCAUCACAACAGGAGACACGUCAUGUACGCAGGCCGCAACCCUAGCGCGUCUGUUGCAACGGGGCUGAAGAACUCGCAUAAGAAGGAGGAGAAGGACUUGCUUGAGAUGGCUUUCAGUGUGAAGCAGGACAAGCUCAAGGGCGAGUAG